UUUAAAUGAAAAUUUAAAUGAUCAUUUAUAUAAUCCUACAAAUAUUAAACAAAAUCCUAAAUAUACAAUUCAAAAUCAUACUGAAAGUUUAAAUGAUCAUUUUUAUAAUCCUACAAAUAUUGAGCAAAACCCUAAAUAUACUAUUCAAAGCCAAUAUCCUAUAAAUGUUGCAAGUCCAAAUGAAAGCUUAAGUGAUCAUUCAUAUUAUAGCCAAAACCAAGAAGUCCAACAAAGAACGUAUAAAGCUUCUGAAUCAAAUUAUAAAUCAAAAUCUAAUAAUUAUAAAAAACCAAAUAUUCAACCAAAAUAUAAUGAUAAUAAUAGAGUUCAUGAUGACUUUAUUAAUAUUAAUGAUUAUAAUAAAUUUAUUAAUGAUCAUAAUAAUUUUAUUAAUAACUGUAAUAAUUUUAUUGAUGAUCAUAAUUUAAAAAAUACCCCAAUCUCUAUAAAACCACAACGUAAUUCAUUUAAAAGCAAUCAAACUAACUGGACAAAUAAUAAAAUUGAAGCUCUUAUAUAUUCUAUAAAACAACAUUAUAAUAAAUUGAAAAAUGCGUCAAAUAAUACUAUUAGAGCAAAGGUAUGGGAUAAUAUUUUUGAUGAAUUUAAUCAACUAUUUUCAGACAACAAAAAUCGUAAUAUUAAUGCAGUUAAAAAUAAAUGGAAAGAUUUGAUAAAUCGAUAUAAAAAUAUUGUAGACAAUAAUAAAAGAACUGGCGCAGAAAGAAUUGUGUGUGAUUUUAUAGAAGAUUUGGGUGAAAUUUUAGAUAAAAAUCCUAGUGUAAGACCAUUAGUAACAUCAGAAAAAAAUAUUAGUGAUCAAACAGCUAGUAAAAAAAGAAAAAAUGAAAAAGAUGAUAUUUUAGAAUAUCUUAAAAGAAGAGAAGAAAAGGCUGAUAAAUUUAGAGAAAACUUUUUAGAAAUAGUUAAUAAUUUUUUAAACUAA